AUGAAACACGAGUUCUCUGCUUCAGCCAUGGCCGAUGAUUUCGAGUUCGCAGAUAAAGUUCCUCCUGCGUUCGACCGAGUGGUACAUUUCCAAAUACUGUUGCAAACUUUUAAUUUCAUCAUCGUUUAUUACUUGCAUCUCAUCUUAAUCGAUUCCUGCGCAAUGUUCCUCCUCCCACUUCACAUCAAUAAUUUGACAUAUUGGGGUGGAUCCCAAGGAUUCAACCCAGGCUUAAUUGUCCUCCUGGUUGUUGGUGGGUUGCUGUUGACAUUCCUCAUUGGGAAUUAUGUGCUCUACACGUAUGCACAGAAGACCCUCCCUCCAAGAAAAAAGAAGCCUGUUUCAAAGAAAAAGAUGAAAAAGGAGAGACUGAAGCAAGGUGUCUCUGCACCUGGAGAGUAG